AUGAAUUCGUUGUUACAGAACAUCAAGAAAAAUGAGUUUCGUCUCGCAAAUAAGAUAUUUAUAGAUAACGGACUGGAAUUGCAAGCCGAUUUUCAACGUGUUAUCAAAAAUAUUUUCCAAUCAACAGUUCAGGGCGCAGACUUCUCCCAGACUGUACAAGCAGCUAGAAGCAUCAAUGAUUGGGCAUCCGAAACCACCAACAAUAAGAUUCAUAAUCUUUUUGAGACGAAUGAUCUUCAAGGCGCUGUUACAGUUCUAGCCAACGCCGCCGAGGACAACAGAAGCCAAAUGACUAUGCUUGUGAUUGUGCCAGACGAAAUCAGCGGACUCCAACAGGUCGAAAGUGAUCUCCACAAGGUAGACUUUUCUGCCCUCCAGGGAAGCAUCUCAAAGGUUCAGUUAUUCAUGCCGAAAUUCAAGGCCGAAAGUAAAUUCAAUCUUGAGGGAGUUUUAAAGAAGUUGGGUAUGAAAAACAUGUUUGAACGCUCAGCUGACUUUAGUGGUAUCACAACAGCUCCGAUGCACAUCAGCAAGAUUAUACAAAAAGCUUACAUCAUGGUGGAUGAAAAGGGCAGUGAAGCUGCAGCAGUCACUGGUGGCGCUGGUAUGGGGAUUCGACCGGGACCAACAGAGCCAAUAAUUACCAUGAAAGUCGAUCGACCUUUCAUUUAUGCCAUUGUACAUGGAAAUGCCAAAACAGUACUCUUCCAAGGUCAUGUCACUUCACCAGCUGUUUAAGCGUCAUCUUGUGAUAAGUUCAACAAAAUAAAUAGCGCAACCUUUUCAUAUCUGUAAUGAUGAAAUAAAUUAGUUCAUCUCGA